AUGGCGAAAUUAUUCCAUAGCCUCGUGUCUCUGAUUGUUGUCGGUCUCGUCGCGAUCGCCUCCGCCAAAGUUAUCUUCGAGGAGCGCUUUGAUGAUGAUGGAUGGGAGAGUAGAUGGGUUAAAUCUGAGUGGAAGAAAGAUGAUAAUACUGCUGGGGAGUGGAAACACACUUCAGGAAAUUGGUCUGGUGACGCUAACGAUAAAGGUAUCCAGACCAGUGAGGACUACAGAUUCUACGCCAUUUCAGCUGAGUUCCCUGAAUUCAGUAACAAGGACAAAACCUUAGUCUUCCAAUUCUCAGUCAAGCACGAGCAAAAGCUUGACUGUGGUGGUGGCUACAUGAAGCUGCUCAAUGCUGAUGUUGACCAGAAGAAAUUUGGUGGAGACACCCCAUACAGCAUCAUGUUUGGUCCCGAUAUCUGUGGCUACAGCACGAAGAAAGUGCAUGCUAUCCUUACCUACAAUGAUGCCAACCACCUGAUCAAGAAGGAUGUUCCAUGUGAAACUGACCAGCUCACCCAUGUUUACACAUUCAUCCUCCGCCCAGAUGCUACUUACGCCAUUCUCAUUGAUAAUGUUGAGAAGCAAACUGGUAGCCUAUACUCUGACUGGGAUCUUCUCCCACCAAAGAAGAUCAAGGACCCGAGCGCCAAGAAGCCUGAGGACUGGGACGAGCAAGAGUACAUUUCCGACCCUGAAGACAAAAAACCUGACGGAUACGAUGAUAUCCCAAAGGAGAUCCCAGACACCGAAGCAAAGAAGCCUGAGGACUGGGAUGAUGAAGAAGAUGGUGAGUGGACUGCCCCCACCAUUCCCAACCCUGAGUACAUGGGUGAAUGGAAGCCCAAGAAAACCAAGAACCCCAACUACAAGGGCAAGUGGGAGGCUCCAGAGAUUGACAACCCGGACUUCAAGGAUGACCCAGAGCUCUAUGUCUUCCCCACGCUGAAGUAUGUUGGAAUCGAAUUGUGGCAGGUGAAAUCAGGAUCAUUAUUCGACAAUGUCUUGAUCUGCGAUGACCCAGACUACGCCAAGAAGUUGGCCGAGGAAACAUGGGGCAAGCUCAAGGAUGCAGAGAAAGCAGCUUUCGAUGAGAUUGAGAAGAAGAAAGAGGAAGAGGAAUCGAAGGACGCUCCUCCUUCGGGCACUGAUGCUGAAGAUGAUGCAGAGGACGAUGAAGGUGAUGAAUCUGAUACUGAAUCUAAGACCGAUGAGACCAAACCAGAAGCUAGCUCCGAGAAAGAUGCCGCUCAUGAUGAGUUGUGA